GAGAUGCGCUAACGAUCUUUAUUACGGGGAAGGCUCUUAAUUCCAAAAGAAAAGAAAAGAAAGAAGAGAAGAGAAGAGAAAAACAACGUGGAAUGUGGAAAGAGCGAUAGAUUAGCGAUAUGUUUUGAUUACGGCGGGGCGGAGUGGAGGCAGAGAGAGAAAGGAGACUUUUUCUUUCUUUCGGUCUCUGCGCCUUGUUUACGCUUUCUCGAGGCGCGAAACACGCGCUGGGUCCUCGGCCGCCUAGAGCAGCGAGGCGGCUCCCGGUGUGUGUGUGUGUGUUCUUUUUUUGCACACCGACCCCGAAGCCCGCCGUCUUCGGGGGUCUUUACAAAGGGAGAGGUACGCAGGAGCUGGCCUGGCUCUUCACGAUCGGUGCGCGCAGGUUUGAGCUGCGGCCAGGACAGACCGGUGAGUGUCUGCUCGGGAAGUGAUGCCUCCCUGCGGAGGAGGAUUCUUACUUCCACGCUCUACGGUUUGCCCUCUACGGCACAACAGAAGACCAAACCUGCGGGACUUCUUUCCUUGCUGCUUCCUCCCAAGUAUUCUUGGGAGCGAUUCGCCGGACUUCCACGCUCCUUUUGGGUUAUUUAUUCCCUUUUUUAUUCCGGGAGGUGCUACUGCUUGAGUUCCGAAACCCGAGUGGGCGGAGAGGGCCGGAUAAACUCAUUCCCUCCUUCUCCCUCCCACCCACCCCACUUUUUUUUUCAUUCUCAUUAUUGCUACAUGGCUUUAAAUUAAGAGCAUAGCCGGCUAUAAUGCAGAGAGACUGAAGACGUGCGGUUAGCGUGGAAAAAAAAAGAAAAAAAAAAAGAAGAGAAAGAUCUGGCAGGCUCUUCCCACUUGUUUCAAAUCCUCGUCUUGGGGACUGGGGGUGUCAAACUGGCGGCCCGUGGGCCAGAUGUGUCAUGUGUAGGCCACGCCCACGCUCAUCUGGGAAAGAGAAAAAGUCACAAUACAUCACAUGAUGGCAAGCUGAGUGUCUUGCAACAAUUGGCUCAGAUUCCUUAAAGGGCAGAGCUUGGUUUCUCAGUAGACCACGAAAGAAGGGAGCAGCAUUCCCAUUACUUUACAGGUUGAAUUCUGAUUCCUGAGGAAACAGAAAUAUCUUUCCUGCCACUUAACCUCAAUAUCCUCAUGCAAAUCCGUUUCCUCACCCCCUUCCGUCUAAACUGAUGACGUGGAUUCCAUCAUAGCUCAAGCUUUUGAUUUCCAAUUUCAGAAGAUGGGUUCAUUCCGAAAGCCCCGGCCACGUUUCAUGAGCUCCCCAGUGCUGAGUGAUUUACCACGAUUCCUGGCAGCUCGGCAAUCUCUGCAGUUCAGAUCAAACUCUGCCUGGAACAGUGUUCAAACAGCAGUGAUCAAUGUCUUCAAAGGGGGAGGCUUGCAAAACAAUGAACUCUACAUCCUCAACGAAAAUGUCAGGCAGUUGUUGAAGAGUGAGCUUGGAUCCUUCAUCACAGAAUAUUUUCAGAACCAGCUUCUUGCAAAAGGUUUGCUAUACAUAGAAGAAAAAGUUAAGUUUUGUGAAGGAGAAGAUCGUAUCCACGUAUUAUCUGAAACCUGGGAUCACUUCUUCACAGAAAUUCUUCCUAUACUACAGGCUAUAUUUUACCCUGUUCAGGGUCAAGAAUUAACCAUUCGUCAGAUUUCCUUACUUGGCUUCCGAGACUUGGUCUUAUUAAGAGUAAAGUUGGAUGAGAUUCUUCCUCUGGUACAAAGUAACCUCCCACCCUCCAUUAUCCAGAUGCUGCUGAUUUUACAGGGAGUCCAUGAACCUACAGGUCCCACUAAGGCCUUUAUACAACUAGAAGAACUUGUAAAACUGGUAGUUUCCCCAUACCUUGGUUUGUGUGAAGAACAUUGCUUCCCUGGCAGUACCUGUGCCCUGGAGAGACGGUAUUACAGAUCUCGUUACAAACCCAACGGGCUAAGCAUCUCUUCUCAUACAGUGGCAACCCGACAGGUCAGCGAGACCGCCUUGACACCACUGACUGAACAGGAAGGCGAGGCUUACCUUGAGAAGUGUGGGAGCAUCCGCCGGCAUACUGUCGCCAAUGCUCAUUCUGAUAUACAGCUGUUGGCCAUGGCUUCCAUUAUGCACUCAGGCAUGCUAGCAGAAGAACCAGACAAUGGCGACCAAUGUCUCCUCUUGCAACCCAGUUUGAACCACAGACAGUUUUCUAGUGAGCCCAGCAUAGCGGAUGGACCAGAAGAACUGGCCACCCCAGACAUGGAGGAGCCUGCAGAACUGAAUUGCACAUCUGUCUGUUGAAACAAAGGAACAGAACACUCCUGCACAGCAGAGGAAGCCGAUGUUACUUUUCAUGCUGCUUAGAUCAAGAAUUAGAUCUACAGGGCACAUCCUGAAGCUGAUUGUGUUCUUAGGCUCUAAUAUUAUGAGGGUCCUUUCUGUGGACUACAAAGGUACAAAGUUGUUUCAGCUGAAACAUUCCACUGUUGUCUCAUAGCAAUGGUUUCUCAGAGUUUGUUUUUCCAGCUAGGUUUUCGUGCCCUCAGCUGCAUUCAGUUUUUGUCUUAUCUGGAGGGUGUACACUGUAAUCCUAGUUUUAUUCUGCCUUGCAGAUUGGGAAGAUGAACUCCAGUGUAAGGGACAGGCAGUUAUUUCUUCUCAGUUGCGAUGUCUUGUGAAAAAUACAAGGAAGCCAGUUAUAAAAUCUUCAAGGUUUUUGCAGUGGUACAGCCCUUUGUAGGACAUUGAACCAUUUUCAUUAUAAUAUGGUGUACACAUAAACUAUAAAAAUAGGAGCAGUAAAACUUCUUCCACUCUCUAUCAUCAGAGCUGGUCAAGGUAACAAAUUCUAUUCUGGCUGAAUAAAGUAAAACGAAAGCAGUAGCCUAAAACAAAACUACUGUGGCUAGCAUAUUGUUUUGAUGUUUUGAUUGCAGUACAUCUCAGGAAUUACUCAAAUUAUCUUCAGAAAACUACUAAAAGCAGGCCGUUAGGGAUGGUAUCUGACUGCUUGCCAAAAACAUAACACCAGUGCUGAGCUGGUAAGCAUGCAAUAAUGAUUUUGAGCUACUAGCUUCUAUAAAUUAGGGGUUGCUGGGUUUAAGACUGAAUAUUCUGGAAAUAGCUUUUAUUGAUAACAAUGAGAGAAAGGUUGCAUUUGCAUUAGUGCGGUAAUAGCAGACAACCCUUUUGGCUGGUGGGAAUAGCCUUUAUUGUAGGAAACCCUUCUGUGCAAAAAUUCCAUACGGAGCAGGGAAUAUCCACAACUGCUGUAAUGACGGACUGCUGCAAGUAUCAGGAUUGGGUUAGAUGAGAUUUUUGGAACUGGUAUAGUGAUUUCUGGAAAUACUUCCAUACAUCUUUGGUAGCCAACCCAUUCUUUAACAAACAGAAUAAAAAAAUAAUGUUUUAAGUUUUGUAGCUAGUUGCCCUCAUGCUGCAGGUUUUUUGAUAUUGAUGGGGCAAUGGCCGUUAGUAUCUAGAAUUGAUAGGGUUUCUUUGUUUUGUUUUAAAUCCAGUUUCCUAAUAUAAUUUUCAUAUGUAUAAUGCUUAUUUGGCAGUGGUUCCCUUUUGAUGGAAGUCAUACAUAAUCCAAGGAGAAGACAAAUUUCUUCAUAGAGCUGCAGAUAAAGAAGUACUACAAAGGGAGUCUUAGCACAAUCCAACCAUAACUUAUUUAGCUGUUUAAAUGGUAAAAAUAAUUGAAUUAUGCAAAAAACCCAAACAGUAAAAUAAAAUCUGUGUGGAGAAUGUGGGAUGUGUGCUUUUCCUGCCAGUUCAAAAUAAACAUUUUAACAAAUACUA